AUGACGACCACCGCCCGGCCAGGUCGCUUCCAGAGCUUCCCAGCAAUGGCAAACGGACGAGACGAGAAACCGGCCCCCGGUGUUGCCCCUGCCUUUGGUUCAAACCUGUACUCACAAAACAUUUGGAACACGACAUAUGCGGGGCCAGGUAAGAGAGAUACUGCCAACACUAGAGGCGGCGCCGACGAUGCAUUCACCACCCAGCCGUCGGGUUCUAGCGCUCUCGCUGCGAACUCGGAAGCCGACACCUGGAACCAGAGCCCCUGGAAUCAGGACGGCACUCAGACGCGAUCAGCCUCUGGCAGUACGUCGCCGAAUCGCACGCGCGAUAGCCUACACAACACUUCAUCCUUCUUCGAAAACUCCACCAUCGGACAGGGACGGAAUUUCAUCAACGGCCGGCCGAAAUCAUACUUGGAGGAUGACAAGGAGAACACCAGCUUCGGAUCCAGCUACAACAGCCCCUUCGAUGGCGCAUAUGCGAGGCAAGAGAAGCGUGGAUCAAAAGACCCUGCAUUCCUAAACCUAGGUGUGGUGGGUGCUCCCUCGAGAGACAGCAGCAUUCCUCCCUCGCGCCAGUCUGAUGAUUCGCACCACUCACCUCCUGCCUUCCGAGACACCUUUGGCGGUUACGGCCAUACCCCAAGCAAUUCAAUUGCUUCGAACCGCCCCAUCCCUGCCCACUCCUCCUCUUUCCCCUCGCAAGCAACCAACAACCGCGCCUUCAUGGCGAACAACAGGCAGAUGGAUGAGUCGGACCUGGCCUCCACAUUCAAGAAGUCGCUCACCCUCGACGACGGGUCUGGUAUUGCCCAGACCAUUGCUGGUGGCGCACCCGGCUUCCAAUUCAACCCCGGGUCUCAGCCGUGGAGAGGAGACGUGACUGGGUCGUUCGCCGUGGGAGAUGCCUACGCUGAUGCCGUGGCACACUACAAGCGGGGCUCGAUCAACAGCAUCUCUGGCGCCUCUGGCGGCCCGUACCGUGUUGUCACCAGCCCCAAGACAUUUACGCCCCAGCCAUCUGACCCUUGGAGGCCAUCGUCCCGGGACCUGAGAAUGGUCCCGGACAGUGACCGCCGGACUCCCGUUCAGCCCUUCAUCCAGGCACAAGCACCUGCCUUCUACCCCGGGCCCUACUACAGCCCCAACUUCCCGGGACAGUUCCCUCCCCAGAUCUUCGACCCUUACGGAAGACCGCCCAUGCCCCUGCCUGGCUAUGGCCUCCACAUGUCGCCGUACUCCAUCCCCGGAGUGAUGCCUAUCCGUCCCAGCAAGGACCAGGAUCCCGGCAAGGGUGUUCGCAGCAUGCUUUUGGAGGAAUUCAGAUCGAGCUCCAAAUCUAACAAGCGCUACGAGCUGAAGGAUAUCUACAGCCACGUCGUCGAGUUCAGCGGUGACCAGCAUGGAUCGAGGUUCAUUCAGCAGAAGCUUGAGACGGCCAACAGCGACGAGAAGGACCAGGUUUUCCGGGAGAUUGAGCCGAAUGCCAUCCAGCUGAUGAAAGAUGUCUUUGGCAACUACGUCAUCCAGAAAUUCUUUGAGCACGGCAACCAAGUCCAGAAGAAGGUGUUGGCAUCGCAGAUGAAGGGUAAGGUCGUUGACCUUUCGAUGCAGAUGUACGCAUGCAGAGUUGUGCAGAAGGCCCUGGAGCACGUACUCGUCGAGCAGCAGGCUGAGCUUGUCAAGGAGCUCGAGCCCGAAAUCGUCAGAGUUGUCAAGGACCAGAACGGCAACCAUGUCGUGCAGAAGAUCAUCGAGCUUGUUCCCCGCCACUACAUCGACUUCAUCAUGGACUCUUUCCGCGGCCAGGUUAGUAGUCUGGCUUCACACAUGUACGCUUGCAGAGUCAUCCAGCGCAUGCUCGAAUACGGCACUGAGCAAGACAAGGAGACCAUUCUGGGCGAGCUUCACAGCUCGACUCAAGGUCUCAUUACCGAUCAAUACGGUAACUAUGUCGUUCAGCACAUCAUUGAGCACGGACAACCCGAGGACAGGUCAAGAAUCAUCCAGUUGGUCAUCUCCCAGCUCGUCACGCUGUCCAAGCACAAGUUUGCUUCCAACGUCGUCGAGAAAUGCAUUCAGUACGGCUCCGUGGAGGAACGCAAGGGCAUUCGCGAGCAGAUUACCUCGCAGACCAGCGACGGUGUUAGCUCGCUUCAGCUGAUGAUGAAGGAUCAGUACGGAAACUACGUGAUUCAGAAACUUCUAAACCAGCUUGAGGGCUCGGAGCGCGAGGCUUUCGUCGAGGAGAUGAGGCCACAGUUCAACCUACUGCGCAAGACCAGCACCAGCCGGCAGCUCGCGGCCAUUGACCGGCUCAUCUACGCCACACAGACGCCUCCUUCCAAGUCCGGAGGCUCGCAGGCUGAUUCUACAGCGCCCACUCCGGUCCUGACGAUGGAGCCGAACAGUCCUCAGAGCAGCAGCCCUCCCAGCACGAACGCCAGCGCUAUUGGCGAAGUCGCGGACGAUGACAACAAGUCGGGAGCGCCUGGCGGCGUGAGCCUCAAAGUGCAAGUAGAGGAAGCGUAG